AGCGGCCGGUACCCGGCGAGGAGGGUUCGAAAAUGCCCCGCGCGUUUCUGGUGAAGAAGCCGUGCGUCUCCACGUGCAGGAGGAACUGGAGCGAGCUCCCCGACGAGGAGCGCGGCGAGAUCUACGUGCCAGUCAGCCUAGGCUUCUGCCCACCACAGCCCUACAGGGAGCCAGAGCCAUCAGUGGCCGAACCCCCUUCUUGCCCCCUGGCUUUGGACAUGAGCCUUCGGGACUCCAGCUAUAGUGUGACCCCAGGGCCCUGCGUGGUGGCCCAGCUGCCCUCCGAAGACACGAGCCGCCUGGCAGACCCACAGAGCAGGGACCAUGGCUUCCUGCGCACCAAGAUGAAGGUGACCCUAGGGGACACUCCCAGUGGAGACCUCUUCACCUGCCACAUCUGCCAGAAGGCCUUCACGUACCAGCGCAUGCUGAAUCGCCACAUGAAGUGUCACAACGACGUCAAGAGGCACCUCUGCACUUACUGCGGGAAGGGCUUCAACGACACCUUCGACCUGAAGAGACACGUGCGCACCCACACUGGCGUGCGGCCCUACAAGUGCAGCCUGUGUGACAAGGCCUUCACGCAGCGCUGCUCUCUGGAGUCUCAUCUCAAGAAGAUCCACGGCGUGCAGCAGAAGUACGCGUACAAGGAGCGGCGGGCCAAGCUGUACGUGUGCGAGGAGUGCGGCUGCACGUCCGAGAGCCAGGAGGGCCACGUCCUGCACCUGAAGGAGCACCACCCUGACAGCCCACUGCUGCGCAAGACCUCCAAGAAGGUGGCCGUGGCCCUGCAGGACACCGUCACCUCCCUGCUGCAGAGCAGUCACCACCUCUGAGCAGCGGCGCCCCGGCCUGGGCAGCCCGGAGAAGGCGAGGGCCGCCUCCCUGCCCCCCCGGACAGCCCGCCCUCUGCGGCCUCCUGCCGGAACGCCGGUGACCAGGCGUGGAGCCCGCGGGCACGCGUGCUCGCUCAGGCCGGCGCUGACCUCUGCUCGCAUUUGCGUCGGUGUCUGGGGGGCAGAGGCCGCUCUGAGCCCGGGCAGACAUGUGUAACUGUGGGGCAGGGUGGGGCGGGCCAGGGCUGCCUUCGAUUUGAAGCAGCUCGGGUCCAGAGACAGGACUUCCUUCCCAGAGGAGGUACGUGAGGGCGAUCCUGUUGUCCUCUGCUUCCGGAGCAGCGGGGGGAUGGGGGGCUGCUGGUCCCCCGUGGAUGGCAGAGUCAGGUGCCCCGGCAGAGGGCACCCCUGCAAACAACAGCCGUGCAGGAGUUGGCGGCGGCCCGCCCGGCCAUGUUUCUCGCGGUCAGGGCUGCAGGGGCGCUGCGGGGCGCCGCUCUUCGACAGGGAGAUGCACGCGUGUGCACAGCCGUGGACGUGCGCGCAUGCGGGAGGCCUUGCCAUAUCUCACCUCAUUUUUAAGAAAUCAACUACAAGGUGCCAAGGAGGUUUUAUUUCCUUUUUUAAAAGAUGACAUAUGUACAGAUAGUAAUAUAUUUUUGGUGCCGAUGGCGACUAUUUUAAGAGAGGGUGGAGCUGGCUUUUCUCCUCCCCACGCAGUUCUAUUUAUCCUGGACAUUUCACACCUCCUCUGUGCCUUGGCUCUGGGGUGGCUGCCCUGACCCAGCCCCACCCCUCAUACCUCCUGAGAUAUUUAACCUAAGACUUUCCUCCAGCCCUGCCUGGAGGAGGGUGUACUGCUCUCUGCUCUCCCUCUUCUGCCGGGACGGCCGUCACAUCUUCUGCUCUUCCCUCCCCGUGUCUCUGCCUCCCUCCCACAUCCUUUCAAGGCAAGUCUCAGGGUGACCGAGAGCCUCCUGGUCUCCUGAAAACAGACCUUUUGCGGAACGACUCACCAUUCCGGAGAUCCGGGGUGGGGGGCGUCCAGCUGCGGCCGCAGGGGUCAGCCGGGCGGGGUGGUGAGGCUGUGAUGCGCCCAGAGUCCACUGCCUGAAGUAACAGCAAGAGUGCAGGGCCAGGCCGCGAGGUCUGCUCUUUUCCUGGGAGAGUCAAAAACCCUAGGGCGGGAGCAAAAAUAUUGGGACAGAAUAAUAACCAGACACGUCAGAAACUUCUAGAGGGAGGACAGUAUUAAAUGGUUAACAGGUUAUAUUUGUAGCCUUUUUCCUGAAUGUUUGGCAAAUGGUGAGGCUGGGUCUUGAGCACCUAAGGAGGGAGCCACCCCUGGCUGGUUGGCUCCACCUGAGGGACUCGGCCAGGCUCCCUUGGCUUGGCUGGGCUUCCUGCUAAGAACACGAAAGGGGUGUGGGUCAAAAGGGGAAGACGGGCAGGGGCCGGAGCCAGCCUGCCGAAGAAUGAGAAGGCAAACUCGAAAGAGAACACAGAACAGAGCAGGUGAAGCCAAAGCCCAGGCGGAACCAGCCUUGGCCUCUCCUGCCCGGAAAGGGCAGCAUCUGCACAGUCCCCGGAUGCAGGGAAGGAGCCUUCUCUGACCUCCCUCUGAAUGUGUAUGGAUUGCUCUGGAAGACUCUCGUUUUAGUUUACUUUAGAGUCUGUGGGAGCUGCUGUAUUCUGGAAGUUGUAUAGCAUAAACUAACAUUCUCUGGAAGCCUUGUCUUGUUUACAUUUCUGUAUCCCUGUGUUCAUUGCCUGUUCAUUGUUCAUCUCUGUGUUCAUUGCCUUUCUGAGGCAGUCACAAAGCUCUGUGUUGUCUGUUUUAUAACUUUCCCCUCAACUAUCAAAAUAAAGAACUAUCAUUUUCUGUG